GGCGGGCAGGCGCGCGCGCGCUCUCGCUCUCCGGCUCUCCGUCGGUGGCUGCCGGCCGGGCGUGCGGAGCGAUGGCCGCGGGCGGCCCCUGCAGCGCGGAGGAGAGGACCUACCGCCGCUUCCUGGAGGCUUUCCUGGGCGAGUUCCGCGGACCCUUCGAGGCGGCCGAGAGCGAGGCGCCCGCGUCGCCCUCCUCCGCCUCCUCCGCCUCCUCCUCCGCGGGCGGCGGGGCGGCGGGCGAAGGCGCGGCGGCGGCGGCGGCGGGGCGCGGAGCAGCCGAAGGAGACGGGGACGGAGGGGCCGCCGGGGAAGAGCCGCCGCCUGGCGGGGACGGAGAAGCCGCCGCCGCCGCCGAGGAGGUAGCGGAGGAGGAGGAUGCCGAGGAUGCCGCCGCCGCCGCCGCCGCCGCCCGGGGGGACGAGGAGGAGGAGGAGGAGGGCGCCGGCCAGGACGGAGGCAGCCCGCCCGGGGAAGCCGAGCCCGAAGAGGCUCCUCCGGCGGAGCCCGCGCCGCCGCCGCCCGCUCCGCCGCCUGCCCGCCCGGCCAGCCCGUGCCCGCCCGCCCCGCCGCCGCUGCCCUCGCUGCCCCGGCCGCUCUCGGAGCACAUCACGGAGGAGGAGGUGGAGGGCGAGUGCCUGGAUCUCUGCCUCCAGCAGCUCUACAAGUAUAAUUGCCCCUCCCUUCUGGCAGCAGCUUUAGCCCGUGCAACGGCAGAUGAAGUUCUGCAGAGUGACCUCUCCAGCCAUUACCUGCCCAAGCAUGCAGACAGCCCGGACGGGAUCAUACAGGUGGAGACAGAGAAAUUGGCUCGCACCGUGUUCAGCAAGCUCCACCACAUUUGCAGCACCUGGGUGAAGGACUUCCCACUUCAGCAGAAGCCACACCGUUACUAUGAAACGUCAAUCCAUGCCAUUAAGAACAUGCGCCGCAAGAUGGAGGACAAACACGUCUGCAUCCCAGACUUUAACACGCUCUUCAACCUUGAGGAUCAAGAGGAGCAGGCCUAUUUUGCAGUGUUCGAUGGCCAUGGAGGAGUGGAUGCUGCCAUCUAUGCCUCCAUUCACCUGCAUGUAAACCUGGUGCACCAAGAGAUGUUUCAGCACGAUCCUGCUGAAGCGCUCUGCAAAGCCUUCCGGGUGACCGACGAGCGCUUUGUGCAGAAAGCAGCCAGAGAGAGCUUGCGAUGCGGGACCACGGGUGUCGUGACGUUCAUCCGAGGGAGCGUGUUACAUGUGGCAUGGCUGGGGGACUCUCAAGUAAUGCUUGUGAAGAGGGGCCAAGCGGUAGAACUGAUGAAGCCUCAUAAACCAGACCGGGAGGAUGAGAAGAAACGCAUCGAGGCCCUUGGAGGCUGUGUGGUCUGGUUUGGGGCAUGGCGCGUCAACGGAAGUCUGUCUGUCUCCAGAGCCAUUGGUGACGCGGAGCACAAGCCAUACAUCUGUGGGGAUGCGGAUUCUGGCUCCACAGUGCUCGAUGGAUCAGAAGACUACCUCAUUCUAGCCUGUGAUGGCUUCUACGACACAGUGAAUCCUGACGAGGCUGUCAAGGUGGUGGCCGACCACCUGAAGGAGAACAAUGGGGACAGCAGCAUGGUGGCACACAAGUUAGUGGCUUCUGCUCGAGACGCUGGCUCUAGUGACAACAUCACUGUCAUUGUGGUCUUUCUCAGGGACAUGAGUACAGCUGUCAGUGUCAGCGAGGAGUCCGAGUGGACAGAGAACUCUUUCCAAGGCGGGCAAGAGGACAGCGGAGACGAUCAAGAAAACCACGGAGACUGCAAGCGGCAGUGGCCUCAGCACCAGGUCUCGGCACCUGCUGAUCUAGGAUACGAUGGGAGAGUGGAUUCUUUCACAGACAGAACUACCUUGAGCGCAGGUUCCGGCAUCAACGUAUUAGAAGAUCCAGGCCGUUUAGACCCGAGGAAAACGGAAGCUGGCAAACUUCACAGUGCCAAACGCCUUUCCCCAGAUCAAGUGUUCAGUGCUGGCGUACCAAAGAGGGCAAUUUUGAGUAAAAGCGUAUUGGAAGGGAGCAAGACGGGGGCUGACGCUUCUGCAGAUUCCGUUGGUUUGGGCUCUACGGGCCCAGGUGAGUGCGGCGCAGUGGUGGAGUCCCCUAUCCCCGCUGGGCCUGAAGGCAAGUGGUUCAAGUCAUGGGGAAGAAGAGCUUCCAUUUUCUCUCACGUCCAUUUCUGCGGUGUGGAGCAGUGGCGGCGACUAGCUAGACUGAAGCCGAAGCUUCGUGGGCUUCUCUUUGAGCAGAGGCCACCUUCCUGCACAGAAGGUUUAGCUCUCUGCUCACCUGACCACCUAAAUGGCCGCAGGGACAAGUUCCUAAGAAGCCAUCCUGGGCAAGCUUCCACUGGCUGCCACCAAGGCCACGGUGAGGGUAUUUUCUUGAUGCUGAGGCCAAGUCCCGGUAUACCAGACCCGUGGCUGCUGUGGAGUUGUAAAAAAUAACACGUUCCUUUGUAGUUUCCUUUUUCCUUCAAUAGGCUAGACACUCACAGAAUUAGAAGUAAUUAAGAGUGAGCAUUUCAGAAUUAGGAGAUUGCAGAAGGCUCUGCUCACGUACAUAAAUCCUAGGAAUAAAAGUGUCUGUCUCCAAAAUGGAAGGAAAAAAAAAGAAGGACUGGCACACCAGUCUCCCUAGGAACUUCCUGGACACACUUAAUCUCUCUCCCUCUCGUGUACAAACACACACGGAUCUAUAUGUACUCUGUGUAGCUUCAUUUCUUCGUGGGAACUGGAUAUUCUUAUUGACUCACUGGACAAGACAGGAAAGUGCCAUUAAAAGAAUUUGCAAAAAAAGAAAGAAAGAAAGAAAGAAA